AUGGUAAGGCUCUACAGCUCCCGAGUGCAUGAACGCAAGUCUGAAAACUGCAGCACGAUACCCUACACUCUCCCGGUGGCGAUCAUCAACGAUACCGAGGAUGUCCUCACCGUAAUUGAGAAGACAUGCUGGUACUACGCCAACAGCGGCGCCUGGACCGAAGACGCCGGCCACAAGCUCACCCUCACCCUCGGCGGAAGCGGCACAUCUGGUAUGCUGCGAAUUAGGGCCUCGUCGGGCCACACAUUCAGCGUUGUCGAUUUCUGGUGCGAUGCACAAGUUGAUCUUCACGAUGACGAUACGGCAGUUAAGCUGCACCCGGGGUACUAUAACGGUGGGAGACUAUCGUCCCAGGCAAAUUCCUCUAUUGAGCGGAAGUGUUCAGCGGGGCGAACGGUGAAGGUGCACUUGCAGAGUCUACCGUGUGGAAUCUCGCCUGUUAUUAUUAAUUACUCGUAA